CGCCCAUCAUGGCUGCGAGCGCCGGGCGCCCCCCGCUCCUUCUCCGCCUCCUCUUCCUCCUCCUCCUCCCGCCGCUGCUGGGCGGCUGCGGGGCCAGCCCGUCCCCCCCGGAGCCGCCGGAGCCGCCGAGCCCCGAGCCCCCGGCGCUGCCCGAGUCGGCUCUGCAGCAGCCCACGGUGCUGCUCGCCAUCCUCGCCCGCAACGCCGCGCACACGCUGCCGCACGUCCUGGGCUGCAUCGAGAGGCUCAGCUACCCCAAGAGCCGCAUCGCGCUCUGGGCAGCCACUGACCACAACGUUGACAACACCACAGCAAUCCUCAGGGAGUGGCUGAAGAACGUGCAGCACCUCUACCACGAUGUGGAGUGGAGACCAAUGGAGGAACCCCAAUCUUACCCAGAAGAAAUUGGUCCAAAACAUUGGCCAAGCUCCCGAUUCACUCACGUGAUGAAGCUGCGCCAGGCUGCCCUGCGUGCUGCCCGGGAGAAGUGGUCAGACUACAUCCUGUUUGUUGAUGCAGAUAAUUUACUGACCAACCCACAAACCCUGAACCUGUUGAUAGCAGAAAACAAGACACUGGUGGCACCGAUGCUCGAAUCUCGCUCCCUCUACUCCAACUUCUGGUGUGGCAUCACCCCCCAGGGCUAUUACAAAAGGACCUUGGAAUACCCCCUGAUUCGGGAAUGGAAGAGGAUGGGCUGUUUUGCUGUCCCCAUGAUUCAUUCCACGUUCCUCAUUGACCUGAGGAAGGAGGCCUCCACCAAGCUGGUGUUCUACCCCCCCCACCAGGAUUACACCUGGAGCUUUGAUGAUAUCAUGGUCUUUGCCUUCUCCAGUCGCCAAGCAGGAAUACAGAUGUUCAUCUGCAACCGUGAACACUACGGGUUCCUUCCCAUGCCCCUGAAACCACACCAGUCGCUGCCGGAAGAAGCUGAGAACUUUGUGCACACGCUGAUCGAGGCCAUGAUCGAUCGCCCUCCUGUUGAACCCUCUCAGUACAUCUCUGUUCCUCCGAAGCACCCUGACAAGAUGGGAUUUGAUGAAAUUUUCAUGAUCAAUCUGAAGCGCCGGAAGGACAGGCGGGAUCGGAUGCUGCGGACUCUCUACGAGCAGGAGAUUGCAGUCAAGAUAGUGGAGGCUGUGGAUGGAAAAGCACUGAACACGAGUCAGCUCAAAGCUCUCAGCAUCGAAAUGCUCCCGGGAUACCAGGACCCGUAUUCCUCCAGGCCACUGACCAGAGGAGAGAUCGGCUGCUUCCUUAGCCACUAUUACAUCUGGAAGGAGGUGGUGAACAGGGGACUGGAGAAGACACUCGUCAUUGAGGAUGAUGUGCGCUUUGAGCACCAGUUUAAGAGGAAGCUCAUGAAGCUGAUGGAUGACAUUGAACAAGCCCAGCUAGACUGGGAGCUUAUCUACAUUGGCCGGAAAAGGAUGCAGGUGCAGGAGCCUGAGAAAGCUGUUCCCAAUGUCAGGAACCUGGUGGAAGCUGAUUACUCCUACUGGACCCUGGGCUAUGCAAUCUCUUUCCACGGGGCUCAGAAGCUCAUCGGAGCUGAGCCCUUUGGCAAGAUGCUGCCCGUGGAUGAAUUUCUGCCAGUCAUGUACAACAAGCACCCUGUCACUAAGUACAUGGAGUACUAUGAGUCCAGAGACUUGAAAGCCUUUUCGGCAGAACCCCUGCUCGUUUACCCCACCCACUACACAGGGCAGCCGGGCUACCUCAGCGACACAGAGACCUCCACCAUCUGGGACAACGAGACCGUGUCCACGGACUGGGACAGAACACACUCCUGGAAAUCCCGGCAGCAGGGCCAGAUCCACAGCGACGCCCAGAACAAGGAUGCCCUGCCUUCCCAGUCGUCCCUCAACGCGCCGUCAUCCAGGGAUGAGCUAUGACUGCCCGCUUCCCAGGAACUCUGUGACAGCUGAACCUGCCUCACACUUUUGCUUUUCACCCUUGAAAGUUGUAGAGCAGCUCUUCAUGUGGUCUCUCCUUUCCCGCUGCUUCCAAUGGCCGAGUGCAGCGGUCGGACCAGAUGCCUGCCCGGGCCCUUGAGGACAGGGUGGAGGAUGAAGGAGGAAAAAGAACAAGUGUUCCAGACUGGCAGAGAGCUGAACAAAAGCCCUUGGAAAGCUUUUGUUAAAAAACAAAAUACCAGCCUGGAAUGACAUCUUUCUUCAGUUCCUCGUGUAGAACACUGUAUUUAUAAAGAUUAAUAUAUAGAGGUGUACAAGUGUUAAUGCCUUUUGGGAUGGCUGUACCUGGGCUGCUGCCUCACUCCUUGUAGGUCUGUAGGCUUUUACCACCCUCACUGCUGAGCGUUUGGGGGAUUUGGAUUUGUUUUCCAAAGGGAUUUUUGUCAGAAUCGAGGUGUUUCCCAGAAAUGUUCAGUGCAGGGGAGCAGCGCUCCUCUGUCGUCCUCCCCCAUCACAGUCAGUGCUGGCUUCCCCCAGCUCAUUUCUAAUCUUGCUACAUCCCAUCUAAAAAGGCCUCCCAAUCCAGAAGGGAUGUCUUGGCAUGUCUAAAAUCAUGGGAGUGCAGGUGGUUGGUUUUAUUUGUCUCCCUGAAGGGAACACAGGGGGAGUUAGUCGGUGUCAUGUCCUGCUUUACCCCCUGCCUCAGUUUAUUCCUUCAGGAAAACAAAGCCCCACAACUUCUUUGCAGGCCUGUUUAAUUAGGCCAUAAAAGCAAGUGUGGGAGUUUUGGGAACUUAAAACCUAAAAAGGUAGGUUACAAACUCUCUUUAUUAAACUGAAACAACCUACAGCAGUGUUACUGUCUCGACAGCCCAAUAGAAUUGUGUGUUACAGGACAGAAAGGCAACUUGCCUGGAUACUUUUUCAUGUGAGGAGCAAACUUGUCUGUUUUUCGGAUGAGUUCUGAUGUACUUGCUGUUGGCUCACAUGCCAGCAGGGUAUGGUGUUUAUUGUUUUUUUAAAAAAAACCUUUCUCAGAGGCCAGGUGAUCACGGACUACCCUGCUUAGAGCAGCUGGCACAGACCCUGAGCCUGCUGGGCAGUGGGAGGGUUCCCUCCUGGAAUUGCCAUCUAGGGACUCACCUGCUGGCAGAUCUGUGCAUUGAGUAUGUGUGGCUGGGGUUUUGUUUUUAAUUUGUGUUUGUUUUUAAUAAUUACUGAUCAGUGUUGUGCUUUCUGCUAAAGAAGACAUGUUAUUACCUGUCAGCCGGUCUGAUAAUACAUAGAACCUGGUGCAAGAUGA